AUGAAUGCCUCAGUGGCUCGUCCCUCUUUAAACAAAGCUCUGUUCUUUAUUUACCUCAUUUUCACGACUUGCGCGGAAGCUACAGCCAAUUUUACCAUUGUCAACGGUCAGAUAUACACACCAGGCUUAGCAAUCGUCGAUGCACCUCAGCCGUUCACGCCUGAAGGGGGCGAUUACCUCCAGGUCGCUAUCGAUAUCUCGGGCGAUGGCCGGAUCCCCCAGCCUCCGUAUUCUCCUGAUGUCGAGACGGGAAUUCUCAACAUCACCAUGUUCUUGUUCAGCUAUGUGACCGGCCUCAAUUUGACGAUAUCGAAUGGCACCAGUUAUGGCUGGUUGUACGAUAGCGUGGAAGCACCAGAGUUUCAUUGCCACUCCACGACCAGCCAAGGCUUCCAGAAUGCGGGUUGUGCGGAGAUUAUGGCACAGGAGAGUGGCAGCACCGUAAAGCACGUCAACUGGGCGUGGCCUGACUGUUUAGUUGGUGAAGGCUCUGAGGAUCCUGAGGCCUCAUCCAUCCGAGGCUCUUAUAAUGUUUCGAUCCAUCAGUCAUUUCGAAUCAAUGGGACUGGGUAUUACACAAUCUUCAACCUCCCCAUCCAAGUCACGAAUUCCAUUCCCAACGCCACGCAGCUGGCAACCAGCGGAACUCGCCCGACGUGUGUUCUCCGACAGAACUCCCUGCAAAAUCAGACGAGCCAGGAUGCGAGUGUGUCUCCUCCAUCGUCUCAGCCAUAUCUCGGUGCUGCUCUCAGCAUCGAAGGCGGGACCCAGAACCAGGGAGUCGCUGGGACGCGCGUUGCUAAUCACUGUAUCACAGGACUUUUGGCCCUACUUGUCAUUCUUUUUGAUUCAAAUUUGAUGUCGUAA